AUGCCCAAACUGAAGUCAGUUUCUUUGGAGAAGAGCCGGAAAUACUGGAAGCAACUGAAAUGUGAAUGUGACCAGAUGCAGAAUAGAGGGCACAGUGACCAGGCCAUGGAGUUUGGUGCUGUCACUGAAACUUUUGUAGAACAGGGCAUUCAUGAGAUCUAUUCUGAUCUCAUAGAUGAUGCUUGUCUGGGAUUCUGUUUUGAGGUACACCGAGCUGUGAAAUUUGGUUAUUUCUUUUUGGAUGAGACAGAUCCAGAUAGUAUGAAGGAUUUUGAAAUUGUGGACCAGCCGGGUGUGGACAUUUUUGGCCAAGUCUAUAACCAGUGGAAGAAUAAAGAGUGUGAAUGCCCAAACUGCAGUCGUAGUAUCGCUGCCUCCCGCUUUGCUCCUCAUCUGGAAAAGUGUUUGGGAAUGGGUCGCAACAGCAGCCGGAUUGCAAACAGAAGAAUAGCCAGCAGUAACAACCUCAGUAAAUCUGAAAGUGAUCAAGAAGACAAUGAUGACAUUAAUGAUAAUGACUGGUCAUAUCGAUCUGAGAAAAAAGCAAAGAAGAGAAAAUCUGACAAGAAUCCUAAUUCGCCGCGGAGAUCCAAAUCUCUAAAACAUAAAAAUGGAGAGCUCAGUGGAAACUGUGAUCCAAUUAAGUAUUGCAACAGUUCUGGCAUCAACUAUGAAAACCUGGGUCCUGAAGAAUUGCAGUCAUUACUGACAACGCAAUGUGGUGCCAUCUCAGAGCACACCAAAAAAAUGUGUACAAGAUCACUGCGAUGCCCUCAGCACACAGAUGAGCAGCGACGAGCUGUGCGAGUCUACCUCCUGGGAUCGUCAUUAUCCCUUCCAGAAUCAGAAGUAACUGUAGAAAAUGAGAAUUAUGAUGCCUCAGAGAUUCAGAGCUUUCUAAGCCAGAUACAGUGGGAUGUAACAUCAGAUAUUUCACCUUCAGAUUCAGCAUCUUCCAAAACAAGUACCAACAAUUCUGAUUCCAAGAAGAGCAAAAAAAAGAAGCCUCACCUUGGACUUCCUAGUGCUCCUGGCAUGAGCUCCAGUAAAAAGAAGAAACUCAAAGCACCAGCUCCACCUAAUUCUAGUGUAUUUGAUGAAAUGAACUGA